AUGCAUCCUCAGCGCCCGCUGACACAUGCCGUACCCACCUCUCUGGGACAGAACCUGAGAGACAUGGCUUUUGGUUUUGGACGAGGAAAGAAUCUGCUUGGAGGUAACAUUGCCUACGGGAUAGUCCAGUCUAUGAAAGAGUGUCUCUACUUCCUGCUCUGCUGCUGGUGCAUCAAGGAGAUCCUUGACUGA